AUGACGAACCAGACAAUCAUUCUGAGCUGCGCUCUUUUGGCAAUUCUUGUUGCCUAUCUUCCAUUGGGCGAAGCAGUCACCUGCGCAGCGGACCCUACCAAUACUAAUUGCAUUGACUGCACUCUAGCUGCCAAUGUAAAUAAUGCUGAAUGCCUAACCACAGUGGCAGACACCACCACUGUGGCAGCCAUGACCACUGUGGCAGCUACGACCACUGUUGCAGACAGCACCACUGUGGCAGACAGCACCACUGUGGCAGACAGCACCACUGUGGCAGACAGCACCACUGUUGCAGACAGCACGGAUGCAACAACAAAGAGAGGCCAUCAUCAUCAUGGACAUCAUCGUGGACAUCACCGUGGCGGCCGAGGUGGCAGGCGCGGUGGCUGGGGCGGCGGCUGGGGUGGUGACAGGGACGGAGGCAGGCGCGGUGGUAGGCGUGGCGGCAGAGGUCGUGAUGGCAGAGGUCGUGGCGGUCGUUGGUAG